GUAAAUAAAAAAGGGCCAUCUCCCAGUUUCUUGAUCUCUCCUUUCUUUUCUCCGAGCGUCGCGUCCUACCCUCUCGGCCGUCGCCAUGUGGAGGGGCGCCGCCGCGAGGAGCCUCCCUUCGAGGCUCCUCUCCUCACGUGGACCAUACCCUAACCCCAAUCCUUCCUCCGUCGCCUUCUGCCCUCCUUUCCCACCUCCGUGGAUCGCUCCCUGCUCUCCCUCUUUCGAUCACGGCUUCGUCGGCCGGGGAGCGGAGCUUCUCCUCGCGUCGCGCAUCCACUCCUCCUCGGAUCCGUGGAAACUAUGGCUCGGGAGGCCGGCCGAGGGAGUGGGAAAAGCCCCCGGGUUUUCCGCCGGUUCUCCCGCUGAGGCGGCAGCGGCUGCAGCGGUCCUCGGAUCCGGGCGAACAGCGUGGUCUUCUAUCUCCCGGAAAGCCAGAGACGCCUCUGAUGCGCUUCAUCACUACGGGCGAUGCUACUGGGAACUCUCCAAAGCACGCCUCAGCAUGCUUGUUGUUGCAACUUCUGGGGCAGGCUAUGUUCUUGGGAGCGGCAAUGUUAUUGAUUUUGAAGGACUUUGUUGCACUUGUACUGGCACCAUGAUGGUUGCAGCAUCUGCAAACUCUUUAAACCAGGUUUUUGAGGUACAAAAUGAUGCUAAAAUGAAAAGAACACGGCAAAGGCCACUACCUUCUGGGCGCCUUACCGUUCCUCAUGCAGCCAUAUGGGCAUCUAGUAUUGGGAUUGCUGGCACAACUUUGCUGGCUUGCAAGGCUAAUUACUUGGCAGCAGGGCUUGCAGCUUCUAACCUGGUUCUAUAUGCAUUUCUAUAUACUCCUUUAAAACAAAUACACCCAGUUAAUACAUGGGUUGGAGCAGUUGUUGGUGCUAUUCCUCCGCUUCUCGGGUGGACCGCAGCUUCAGGUGAUAUAUCACCUAAUGCCAUGAUACUUCCAGCUGCUCUAUAUUUUUGGCAGUUACCCCAUUUUAUGGCCCUUGCGUACUUGUGUCGCAAUGACUACAUUGCGGGAGGGUUUCGGAUGUUUUCUUUUGCUGAUGCCUCUGGUAGGAGAACUGCUUUGGUGUCCUUUCGGAACUGCCUUUAUCUUUUUCCUCUUGGACUCUUGGCACAUGAUUGGGGUCUCACUUCCAAGUGGUUCACUCUUGAAUCUUCGCUCCUUACAUUGUCCAUGAGCAUUGCAGCUCUGUUGUUUGUCCGUGAGCGAACAGCUAAAAAUGCCAGAAGAAUGUUCCAUGCAAGUCUUUUAUAUCUUCCUGUUUUUAUGUCUGGACUGCUGUUGCAUCGGCUGCCUAAUGAACAACAUGAACAUACAACAACUGAAUCAAGUAGAGUAGAUGAAGUUUUCUUUGAAAGUCAAGUGCACGGGGAUGAGAACGGCAAUAAUGACAGCAGCUGGAACCACCAGACAAAAUUUCCAACUUGUGUUGAAGCCCGCCCACCUGUUGCGUAUGCAUCAGUUGCUCCUUUCCCCUUUCUGCCUGCGCCCUUGUACAUCUCCCCUGCUCCAUGAAUUGCCUUCUGCUUUUCCAAUCCAAAAUGGUGCUGUUAUGGCAGUGUAUUUUUCACAUAUUGCUUAAUGCUGUCUCCUAAGUAGAACAAGAUCGCUUGCCGCUGAGGGAGGUGCCUCCUCAGUCUGAAACGUAAUAAUUCUUUGUUUAUGGCUGUAUGUAACCAUCCUAUCGCUCGCCAUUUUCUUGUUGAAAUAGAUAAUGCUGUAAAUGCGUUGGCAGGAAUGAUCUCAAACGUUAAACGCCUGCUCGAUGCGUUUAAUUACUUUUUGAAUUUUGCAGAAAUGGUGCCAGUUUUAGUGGUCGACCCAACUUUGGGAUGUUCAUUCUA